AUUUUAACCCUUGUGUGUAUAUAUUUUUGUGUGUUUAAUAAAAAAUUUUGUUUCAUGCUGCCUCAAGUUGGUUUUAAAUAUACAUUAAAACGUGAUUUAAUUUAUAAUAAAUAUAUACACAAAUGAUAAAUAAAAAUAUAUCAUUAAAAAUGAAUGGAUAAAUUAUAAUAAAAAUUAAUUGUUAAUUAAAUAUAAGUGUUAUGAUGAAUAAUUUAAAUAAUAUAAAAAUUAUAAUUAUUAAUAUUAUGCCACGACGGCGAUGAGAGCACAUUUAAGAUUGACCUGCUGUUGUUGCUACUGGUUAACUUGUCUUUUUAUAUUUUUAAUAUCAAUUUGUUAUGGUAAUCAUAUAUCAAGUGAUAAGGAUAAAACAUUAGUUGACAAUGGUGGUAAUCCACGUCGUGAUGAAUUAUCGACAAGUUACAGAGUACAACGAAUGCUCAUCAAUCUUGGUAAUGAUAAUUUUCAUAAAGAUCAAAUUGAUUUUGAUAUUUCUUAUGGAGGAGAUGAAGAAGAUGAGGAGGAUUAUUUUGAACCAAAUACAACAGAGAAAGGACGUUUUUUGGGUUCACCAUGUGAUAAAACAUGCAAUCCAGAUUUACAACAUGUUAUUUGUGACUCAGCUACGAGUUUAUGUGACUGUGAAAAAUCAUAUCCAGUACGACUUGGACCAACUAAAGGUUGUGCAAAACCAAAAAGACUUGGUGAGCAGUGUUUUUAUCGAGCCACAUGUACAUUUACUGAUCAACACGCAACGUGUAUGCAGAUUCUUCACAAUGCUGUUUGUGAUUGUGAUGAGGGCUAUCACAAAGUUGCCAUUACUAGGUCAAAUAAAAAAUCAUUUUGUGUCGAAGAUCUCGUGACAAUAUCAACUGAUUUGCCAACUCUUUUUGGUGUAGCAUCAGGCAUUGCUGUAUUAGGAGGAUUAAUUUGUUUUGUUCUUAAAUUAUCAAAUCCAACAAGACCAACUAAUCGUUAUGUUGAUGCUCAUCAUGGUCCAACAAUGUUAUUUAUGAGUGAUACAGGUAUACCAAUGACAAUUGCAGGACGUUCAUCAUCACGUACAAGUCAACGUAGUGAUCCUGGUCCAUUGAGUUGUUCAACAUUUGGUAGACGUACUAGUAGCGGUAACAGUGGACGUGGACCACUUGUUCCAGCAUCAAGAGCAGGUGCGGCAAGAGCCGCGGCCAUCUUGCUUAUUUCGUGUCAUCUAAGAGAUGCUGAUACUAAAGAUGGAAACAAACAUCGACGUACCCUUAGUGACGUUGCUGAGGGAUCGUCAAAUGGUCUUGGUUCACGACGUCCAAGUCUUGCAUCGAUGCACAGCUCUAUAUCAUCAGCAAGAAGUUACAGUGCAAAAAGAUUAGAAAAAGAAAGAAAUGAAAAAGAACAACGUUUAGCAUUACAUGAAUUGAGAAAUUUAAAACACCGGGAACAAGAAUUACAAACUGAUUUACAAGGUGUACCAAUCCCCAGUCCAAGAACACCACAUGAUGAUUUAUUGCCAUCAGUUGAUGAAGGAAAAGAAACUCAUCACAAUGAGAUUGCAACAACAUCUAAAAAUGACAUGUCAUAUGCCUCAACAUCAACAGCAAUGACUCAUUCUGAACGAACCAAAACAGAAUUACUAUCUUGUUCAACAAUAAAGGGAAUGUCGAGUGAUACCGAGACGGCCUUCAAUACUCCAAUUGCCCAUACAUCUAAUAGAAAAAAUAAUAAUGAAACCGCCGGCAAUUGUUCCAAUGUUGUAGACAUUUUUGAAUCAUAAUAUUCAUUUUUUUUUUAAAUUUUAUUAUUGAUGGGACUCGCUCAAAAAUAUCAUGAAAUUAUAAAAAUAGAAAAAUAUCAUUUAACUUAUAUACAAAAAAAAAAAUAGCAAAAGAAUUUUUAAUCAAUAUAUAAAUUUAAAUGAAAUAAAUAAAUAAAUAAUUAUGCACAAGUUUCACAAGGGCAUCAACAGGGAAUUUCAUUUCAUCAAAAUGAUUGACUAUUCAAUAAGAAGUUUGUAAUACAAAGUUUUAAUUGUAUUCUCAUGAAAAAAAAAAAAAAUAACAAUAUAUAGAAACAAUUUUAAAAUCAUGUCAAUGUGUAUUGAUUACAAUGGAUAUAUGUUUUUGUGCCUUGUGCACUAUUAAAAAAAAUAAUAAUAAAUAAAAAAAAAAAACACUUGAAGGAAUAAAAAAAUAUUAUAUUGUUUUAGAAUAUAUCAUUAUUGAUUGUACAAUCUUGUUGAUUAUUUUAUUUAUAUUGUAAUUAGAUAAAUACAAAGAAUAAAAAAAAAUUUCUUUGAUAAAAAAUAAUUUUACAUUUUUAAAGUAAUUGUACAACUUUUACCGUAAAAAAUGCGCAAAAAUAAAAUUGGAGGAAUUUAAAAUUACUAUUGUUUUAAAUUAAUAAUAAUGUUUUUUUUUUUAUAAAUUUUAAAAAUAUAAUAAAUAAAAUAAGAGUAUUGAUUAUUUAAAAAAAAAAAAAUAGUAGUUGUGAAAUAAUAAUAAUGAAUUUUCAUGAUUAAAAAAAUAUAAAUUAUCAUUGAAAAUUUUUCAUCCAAAUUAAAUUAAACUUGGUAUUUUAGAGAAAAUAUAAAAUGGAAAAUUAAUAUUUUAUAUUGAAAAUACUAGAUUAGUGUAUGAUUUGACAUCACACUUAUUAUUGUUACGAAAUCAUAGAAUUGCCCAAUUUAAAAUUUAAAAACAUGAUGAUAAAAUCAACAUGAUCAACAGCAUAGAUAAAAUUAUAAAAAAAUUAAAUCGCAAGUAGUAUAUUGUUGAAUUUUAUAUGACGAAUUUUAAUUAUAAAAAAAGCUUACGAUUUUAGUAAAAUUAAUUUGAUGGAAAAUAUAAAUUUUUAAAAAGAUGACAAAA